GAAAUGAAUCCUGAGAACUUUACUCACAAGACCAAUGAGGCUCUUGCGUCGGCGCACGAUCUCGCAAUGAGUUCAGGCCACGCGCAAUUCACUCCCAUCCACUUAGCCCACGCGCUGAUUUCCGAUCCCAACGGCAUUUUCGUGCAAGCAAUAAACAGUGCGGGCGGCGGUGAUGAAUCUGCACGCGCCGUGGAGCGAGUGUUGAACCAGGCAUUGAAGAAGCUACCCUGCCAGUCCCCUCCCCCGGACGAGGUUCCUGCGAGCACGAAUCUCGUGAAGGCCAUAAGAAGAGCACAGGCUGCGCAGAAAUCACGCGGCGACACGCAUUUGGCCGUUGAUCAAUUGAUCCUCGGAAUCCUCGAGGACUCCCAAAUCGGAGAGUUGCUGAAGGAAGCCGGUGUUGCGGCGGCGAGGGUAAAGUCGGAAGUGGAGAAGCUUCGUGGGAAGGAAGGGAAGAAGGUUGAGAGUGCUUCCGGGGAUACUAAUUUUCAGGCUUUGAAGACUUAUGGGCGUGACCUUGUUGAACAAGCGGGGAAGCUUGACCCUGUUAUUGGCCGUGACGAAGAGAUAAGAAGGGUUGUGAGGAUUCUAUCACGGAGGACUAAGAAUAAUCCGGUUCUUAUUGGAGAACCGGGUGUGGGAAAAACCGCGGUUGUGGAAGGGUUGGCGCAGAGGAUAGUAAGAGGAGAUAUUCCAAGCAACCUUGCUGAUGUGAGGCUUAUUGCAUUGGAUAUGGGUGCGUUGGUCGCGGGUGCCAAGUAUAGAGGGGAGUUUGAAGAGAGGUUGAAGUCUGUUUUGAAGGAAGUGGAGGAUGCUGAUGGGAAGGUGAUACUCUUCAUUGAUGAGAUUCAUUUGGUUCUUGGCGCUGGUAGAACUGAAGGGUCCAUGGAUGCUGCUAAUCUGUUUAAACCUAUGCUUGCUCGCGGCCAGCUUAGGUGCAUUGGUGCCACAACGCUUGAGGAGUAUAGGAAGUAUGUGGAGAAGGAUGCUGCAUUUGAGAGGAGGUUCCAACAGGUUUUUGUUGCGGAACCGAGUGUGGUGGAUACCAUUAGCAUUCUUCGUGGGUUGAAAGAGAGGUAUGAAGGCCAUCAUGGUGUUAGAAUUCAGGACCGGGCUUUGGUUAUGGCAGCUCAAUUGUCUAGCCGGUAUAUUACUGGGCGUCAUCUUCCUGACAAGGCAAUUGAUUUGGUUGACGAGGCUUGUGCAAAUGUGAGGGUGCAACUUGAUAGUCAGCCUGAGGAAAUUGAUAACCUUGAAAGGAAGAGAAUGCAGCUAGAGGUGGAACUUCAUGCUCUGGAGAAAGAGAAGGACAAGGCUAGCAAAGAGACAGAGAUAGAGAUAGAGAUAAAGACAAUAUUUAUAAUGUAAAAAAAAUAUAGAUAUGAAGACAAAAUGAAAAAAAAUAUAGGUAAGAUAAUGUUUAUAAUGUGUUAGGAAGAAAGAGAUAAAGUAAAACAUG